UCACGCCGCUGGGCGGGGCCUGCCGGGAGGGGCGGGGCCGCCGGAGAGCAGCCGGCGAGGGAAAGGGCUGCCCGUGCCUGCAGCGCCCCGCAGCGGUCACGGCCGGAAGCGGCCUCGUCGGCCCUGCGGCGCCGGAGCCCCUGACGCACGGAGCUCGAGAGCGAGCACGGGAGAGAAAGGGGCAGACAUGGCGGCUCCGCUCGGCUCCCGCUGAGGAGGGCGAAGCGGGUGGAGGGCUCAGCCGGCUGCCUGCCUGCCUGGCGCGCUGCUCCCGCCUCCUCGCCGCUCGCCUUCUCCCGUCGACUGCGCGUCGCCCGCCCUGCUGUCGCCUGUCGUCCUCGCCUGCGCUCCUGCGGCGUCCGGGCUCGUCUCCCGGCCCGGCUCCCCGGGCCCUGACGCCCGGCCGGCGGGCCGCCGUGCACGGCUCCCCGGGCGCGGCGGCGGCGGGCGCGCUGGGACCCGUCCUGCUGGCCGGACCAUGGUGAACACCCGGAAGAGCUCUCUGCGCCUUCUCGGGUCCAAGUCGCCUGGGCCCGGGCCCGGAGCCGGCGCCGAGGCCGGGGCGACGGGAGGCAGCAGCCAUUUCAUCUCCUCUCGGACCCGCUCCUCCAAGACCCGCGCCGCCAGCUGCCCGGCCGCCAAGGCCGGCGGGGGAGGCGGCGCCGGCGGCGCUGCGGACGAGGCCCGGAAAUCUGAAGUUGAUGGUAGUUUAAGUGAUAGCCACGUGUCUCCUCCAGCCAAACGCACUUUGAAACAACCUGAUUCUGUUUGCAAAGACAAAUCAAAAUCACGAAGUACUGGUCAGCGAGAGGAAUGGAACAUAACUGGACAGGCCAGGUUAACUUCUCAGCCUGGUGCUACGUUAUCAAACGGACACAGUAGUCUAUCCCUUCGAAGCCAUCCCCUUCGAGGGGAAAAGAAGGGGGAUGGAGACCUUUCUUGUAUGAAUGGUGACAUGGAAGUCAGAAAAAGUUGCCGUUCCAGGAAAAACAGAUUUGAAAGCGUGAACCAGAGUUUGUUAUUUGACCAACUAGUAAAUAGUACUGCUGAAGCUGUACUGCAAGAAAUGGACAACAUUAACAUUAGACGGAAUCGUCGAUCAGGAGAAGUAGAACGACUUCGAAUGUGGACAGAUACAGAAUUUGAAAACAUGGAUAUGUAUUCAAGAGUGAAAAGGCGAAGAAAGUCACUGAGAAGAAAUAGUUAUGGGAUUCAGAAUCAUCACGAAGUCUCUACUGAAGGUGAAGAAGAAGAAUCUCAAGAGGAGGAUGGAGAUAUAGAAGUUGAAGAGGCAGAAGGAGAAGAAAAUGACAGACCAUAUAAUUUGAGACAAAGAAAAACAGUGGAUCGAUACCAAGCACCUCCAAUAGUACCAGCUCAUCAAAAAAAGAGGGAAAACACGCUGUUUGAUAUUCACAGAUCUCCAGCAAGAAGAAGCCAUAUCAGGAGAAAGAAGCAUGCUAUUCAUAGUAGUGACACAACUUCUUCUGAUGAAGAACGUUUUGAAAGAAGGAAAUCAAAGAGCAUGGCAAGAGCGAGAAAUAGGUGUUUGCCUAUGAAUUUAAGAACAGAAGAUUUAGCCAGUGGUAUUCUCCGAGAACGUGUUAAAGUGGGUGCAAGUUUGGCUGAUGUUGAUCCAAUGAACAUUGAUAAAUCAGUACGGUUUGAUAGCAUAGGUGGAUUGAGCCAUCAUAUUCAUGCACUAAAGGAAAUGGUAGUAUUUCCACUAUUAUAUCCAGAAAUUUUUGAAAAAUUUAAAAUUCAGCCUCCAAGGGGCUGUUUGUUUUAUGGACCUCCUGGCACAGGUAAAACCUUGGUUGCCAGAGCACUAGCUAAUGAGUGCAGUCAAGGAGACAAAAAGGUGGCUUUUUUUAUGCGAAAAGGAGCAGACUGUCUGAGCAAGUGGGUGGGUGAAUCAGAAAGGCAACUUAGGCUUCUUUUUGAUCAGGCAUAUUUGAUGAGACCUUCUAUAAUAUUUUUUGAUGAAAUAGAUGGAUUAGCUCCAGUUCGCUCUAGCAGACAAGAUCAGAUUCACAGCUCUAUAGUGUCAACCCUCCUUGCUCUUAUGGAUGGAUUAGAUAAUAGGGGUGAAAUUGUUGUUAUUGGUGCUACAAAUAGACUUGACUCUAUAGACCCUGCUCUCAGGAGACCUGGUCGUUUUGACAGAGAAUUCCUUUUCAACUUGCCUGAUCAAAAGGCAAGAAAACACAUAUUACAGAUUCAUACCAGGGAUUGGAAUCCAAAAUUGUCAGAUGCUUUUUUAGGUGAAUUGGCUGAAAAAUGUGUUGGGUAUUGUGGAGCUGAUAUCAAGGCCCUGUGCACUGAAGCUGCCCUGAUUGCCCUGCGGAGGCGUUACCCCCAGAUCUAUGCCAGCAGCCACAAACUGCAGCUAGAUGUGUCCUCCAUAGUGCUCAGUGCUCAAGAUUUUUACCAUGCAAUGCAGAACAUUGUGCCUGCUUCCCAGCGUGCUGUCAUGUCUUCGGGACAUGCACUGUCCCCCAUCAUAAGGCCACUGCUAGAAAGAAGCUUCAACAAUAUCCUCGCAGUCUUGCAAAAAGUGUUUCCUCAUGCUGAAAUUAGCCAGAGUGACAAGAAAGAAGAUAUAGAUACUCUAGUUUUAGAUGAUAGUGAAGAUGAGAAUGCUCUAUCAAUUUUUGAGACCAGUUGUCACUCAGGAUCACCAAAGAAACAGUCAUCAGCUGCUGCUGUACAUAAAUCCUACCUUCAUUUUACAAUGUCACCAUAUCAUCAGCCAACCUCUUACAGGCCAAGAUUAUUGCUGUCUGGAGAACGAGGCUCAGGUCAAACUUCUCACCUUGCUCCAGCGCUUUUGCACACUCUAGAAAAAUUCUCUGUGCACAGACUAGAUCUCCCAGCACUUUAUUCAGUUAGUGCCAAAACACCUGAAGAAUCAUGUGCACAGAUUUUUCGUGAAGCUCGGAGAACAGUACCUAGUAUUGUUUACAUGCCUCACAUUGGUGAUUGGUGGGAAGCUGUUAGUGAAACUGUGAGAGCAACUUUUCUGACCUUGCUACAAGAUAUACCAUCAUUUUCACCUAUAUUUCUGUUGUCUACCUCUGAAACCAUGUACAGUGAACUUCCUGAAGAGGUUAAAUAUAUCUUUAGAAUACAGUAUGAAGAGGUCUUGUAUAUUCAAAGGCCUACUGAAGAAGACAGAAGAAAAUUUUUCCAAGAAUUGAUUCUUAAUCAGGCAUCAGUAGCUCCACCACGAAGGAAACACGCUGGUCUUUGUGCUAUGGAAGUGCUUCCUCUUGCACUACCUUCUCCACCUCGUCAAUUAUCAGAAUCAGAAAAAAUUCGGAUGGAGGACCAGGAGGAAAAUACUUUAAGAGAGUUGCGGUUGUUUCUCAGGGAUGUAACCAAGAGGCUGGCCACAGAUAAACGCUUUAACAUCUUCAGCAAACCGGUGGAUAUUGAAGAGGUUUCAGAUUAUCUUGAAGUAAUCAAGGAACCAAUGGAUUUAUCAACAAUAAUAACUAAAAUUGAUAAGCAUAAUUACCUGACUUCAAAAGAUUUCCUGAAAGAUAUUGACCUCAUCUGUAGUAAUGCUUUAGAAUACAAUCCAGAUAAGGACCCAGGAGAUAAAAUAAUUAGACACAGGGCUUGUACCCUGAAGGACACUGCACAUGCCAUCAUUGCAGCUGAACUGGAUCCAGAAUUUAAUAAACUCUGUGAAGAAAUUAAGGAAGCAAGAAUAAAAAGAGGCUUAUCGGUAACAGCAGAACAAAUAAAUCCUCAUGGUACUGGAACUCGGAAGACAGAAACUAGAGUUGAAGAGGCAUUUCGGCACAAACAAAGAAAUCCAAUGGAUGCCUGGCACAACUCUGCAAAUAAAUUUCGAGUUCGGAGAAAAUCGAGGCGGCGAUCACAGUGGGGUAAAGGAAUUAUUAAAAAAAGGAAAGUCAAUAAUUUAAAAAAAGAUGACGAGGACACCAAAUUUGCAGACUAUGAGAAUCAUACGGGGGGCAGGAAAUUGCUAGAGAACGGAGAAUUUGAGCUAAGCACUGACUGCCAUGAAGAAAACGGAGAGGAGGCUGGAGACUUGUCUAUGACUAAUGAUGAGUCAUCAUGUGACGUCAUGGACAUGGACCAGGGGCAGAGGCUUAACAGUGGAGCGGGCACAAAAGAGAACUUUGCAUCCACCGAAGAGGAAAGUUCCAACGAGUCUCUCCUCGUCCACAGCAGCAGUUCUGUAAACCCGGGGCAGACUUCUGGGAAAGAGCCUUUCCUCAAAGGGAACUGUCUCAAUGGCGAGGCCUCCACCGACAGUUUCGAAGGAGUCCCAGCUCUGGAGUGCCAGAACGGCAAAGCAGAAGUAGUUCCUCUCUGUAGCAACGGUGAUAAAUGUAGCCCUGAACAGAAGAUUCUUCUGGAGGACCAGUCAAAAGAGAAACCAGAAGCCUCUAAUGAAGAUCAUGGAGAUGAUCCUGAGAAACUAGAAGCCCUGGAAUGUAGCAAUAAUGAGAAAUUAGAACCUGGUCCUGAUGUGGAGGUUAAAGACCCAGAACUGGAUAAAGAAGGUGCUUCUAAAGUAAAGAAAUAUCGUAAGUUAAUUUUAGAACAGGCAAAAGCAACAACCCUGGAGCUGGUUCCAGAAGAGCCUUCUGAGCCUGUGCCACCUCUUAUAGUUGAUCAUGAGAGAUUGAAGAAAUUGCUUGAUUUGUUGGUAGAUAAAAGCAACAAUCUGGCAGUUGAUCAACUUGAGAGAUUAUAUUCUCUUCUUAGUCAGUGCAUCUAUCGUCACCGCAAAGAUUAUGACAAAUCACAACUUAUUGAGGAGAUGGAAAGAACAGUUCAUACAUUUGAGACAUUCCUAUGAACUUUGCAAGAUGAGUGGUUUAUCCUCUCCAAUCUGCUCCUGACAGAGCAGUCUUCUGAGCCAUUCAAUUUCAAAUUGCACCAAUCGGGCAGAGCCUAGGUGUAAAGUGCUCUCUCUCUCUCUCAUUCUUUCUCUGUUGAAUUUGGUGCUAUUGUCUCAGGUACCUGAAACCAACCAGCCUACAAGAACCAAACAGAACUUCAGAAGUGUUGUAUUUUCCACAAGUAAAAAUACAACCCACAGAUCGGAGACCGUGGUGCUGCAGAAACUGCUCUCACUUGUGCUCCUCUGUUGGCGCUGCCCUUUCGGAGACGCUCUCGUAGGGAGCAGGCCAGAAACGGGAAACUGGAUGCAGGGGCAGUUCUAACUGUUGACUUGUUUAAACAGUGGGCAACCUGUUCUAUUUUUUCUCUUUUCUACCCCUUUUAUCAUAUUUGUUUCUAUUUUUUCCUCUGGGUAAUGGACUGAAACCUGCUCAAGAGUUGGUUAUGGUAUAUUCUGAUGGGAAACUGAAGAAACUGGAUGAAAUUAGAUUCGGCUCUUUAGAACUGCCUUUAAUGUGCCUUUUUAUUCAUUUGAGAAAGAUAAGGCUAAACAAAAGGAUGGGCUUGUUUGUAGCAAAUGAACUAGAAUGUUUUCUUUGGUCACAACCUUAAAAAUGUUUGAUACUCUGUGUCAGUAAGAGGCAACCAGUGUUUUGGUAUAAAAUGCCUAUCUUGUUUUCAGAACUCAGUCAAGAUACUUGGUAUGCCACAUAAUAUAUUAAAAAGGUAAGUUUUCCCGAAUGGCCUGUUUCUGUUUUAAAAACACAUAAUAAAACAAGUACAAAAAGAAUCCACAGUCCAC